UACCCAGAGUGCAGCAGGCAGGAGGCGGGCGGCCGGCUCCCAGCUGCAGGCGCUCCCGGUCCGGUCCCGUCCCGUCCCUGCGGCGCAGCGGGUGCCGGGCCCAGGCGGCGGCGCGGCCCAGAAUGAGAGUGUGAGUGUGAGUGCGAUGCUUCCCUCGGCAGCGGCUCCCCGGGCCCAGGCGGCGGCGGGCCCCGCGUGGAUGCGGCUCUGGAGCCGGCGCUUCGCCCUGCACAAACAUUUCUAUAGGACUCAUUCGCCCUGCUGAGGAGAUCGGCCCUCAGGCCGCCUGUCCUCUUCACUCCGCUUCUCGGAGCGGCUCGCUUAGAGACUCCCGGCCCAGCGCCCUGUCCGGCCCGGCGGGCAUGGAGGCCCCCGGCGGCUCCUCGCCGCUCAGCCCCGCGUUGGUGGGCCGCCUCCGCCAGGAGCACGAGAAGGUGGUCACUACCUGCCAAGAGAAAAUCCAGCACUGGAAGAAGGUGGAGAGUGAUUAUGAAGUUCUUCAGGAGCGACUCCGUACAUUGCCUGAUAAACUGUCCUAUGAUAUCAUGGUACCUUUUGGUCCUCUUGCCUUCAUGCCAGGAAAACUUGUCAACACCAAUGAGGUUACUGUUCUGCUUGGUGACAACUGGUUUUCAAAAUGCUCAGCAAAGCAGGCUGUUGAGCUGGUCGAGCACAGGAAAAAAUACGUAAGGAAAGCACUGGAUGAUUUGCAAAAAGUCAUGAAGAAUUUUGAAUCGCGAGUUGAAUUCACAGAAGAUUUGCAGAAAAUGAGUGAUGCUGCAGGUGAUUUUGUUGACAUAAGAGAAGAAAUUAAGGAUGAUAGCAUCGAAACAAAAGGCAAAUACAGAACAGCUCACAAACCUCAUUCAAAACCAAAAGUAUCGGAUGCUUUUGAGGUAGAUUUUCUGGCGAAUGGAAGGGAUACAAAAUCAGUGGGCCACUUUCAAUCGGAGGAAGAGCUGUGGGCCCGCUUGGAAGAGCUUGAGAGACAAGAAGAGAUACUCGGUGAACUUGACAGGAUGCCUGAUACGGUUGAGGCAAAUGGGGAAGAUACAACCUCCUCAGAAGAGGAAAAGGAGGAUAAGAGGACAGAUCUCAAUGGAACAUACAGAGUAGAAGACUGUAUUACUCAGGGCAACUUCCGGAAAGAAGUAACAAAUUCAGACUUGUUUGUUCGCCAUGUUAAUGGCUCUACAUAUUACCACAGUGAUGAUGAAGACGAUACAGAUGUUGGAGACAGCUCUGUUCCAACUAUUUUUUUCUCUCAUACUGUUGAACCUAAAAGGGUAAGAAUAAACACAGGCAAAAAUACUACUUUGAAAUUCAGUGAAAAGAAAGAAGAGGCCAAGCGUAAAAGGAAGAACAGCAAUGGCAAUGGCCAUGGCCAUGCAGCUCCAGAACUGCCUAAUAUCAAAACCCCAGCAGACAUUUACCGAGUCUUUGUUGAUGUUGUGAAUGGAGAAUAUGUCCCUCGUAAAUCAAUCUUGAAGUCUCGAAGCAGAGAGAAUAGUGUUUGUAGCGAUACCAGUGAGAACAGUGCUGCUGAGUUUGAUGACAGACGAGGAGUUCAGAGGAGCAUUAGCUGUGAUGAAGCUACUCAGAGUGACAACAGCGAAGGAAUACUGGAGGAAGAGGAGGAGACGGGGCAGCAGCAGCUACCAAAAAAGCUUCCUCCCUCUUCAGGGACAACCGAGGCAUUUUCUGGAACUGUCAUAGAGAAGGAGCCUUUGUCUCCCUCCUUAAUACCACACCCAGUCAUUGCUCACCCUGUCCUGCCUACCAUUCUGGAGCAGAAAUCGGAGGAAGUUUCGUCCAAAGCAUCAGAAGAAACUACAAAGAGGAUAUCAAAAUUCAAAGCUGCCAGAAUGCAACAGACUAACUAGGCCUUGCCUAGAUGCCGAAGUUUGAGUACUAAUGUCUAGUUUCACAUUUCUUGGGAUGAUGUAAAGCCGUAUGCAUUACACCUAGCUAGUUAAAAGGGUCUCCUGCGUUGAUUUGGCAUAGUUUAUCUCUCAAACUUCUGUUGGCAACGUUUAAAAACAGUUUGGUGUUUGAACAGUUAAAUAUUCAUCUUUUUUUGUUGAUUUCCCUGUAUGCUGUCAGCACCUUUGUGUAUGUUUGCCUUAUGAUAGCAGCACUCGGGUUAUUUUUCAAAAAAUGUUCCUUACAUACAUUGUUUUUGUGUUUAGACCUAAAUACAGGCAGUUCUGUGCCAGCUGUGAUGUUCUGCAUACCAUAUGGACCGUUUUAAGGAAACUUUCACAUUUCAAAUGGAUUCACCAAUUAUACUGCAUUACUUGCUUUAGCAUUUUAAGACACACUUGUAUUCCCAUUGCUGUAGGUUUUGCAACUAGGUGUCUGCUAACAGUUUCUUUUCUUCUUUUUUUCCUUCUGUCAGACCUCUCCGAUAUCUCCCUGCACAGGUCUAUAAAACACUGGGUUCACGUGCAUUGCAGGGAAGUUUCUUGGAUGGAAAAGGGUAUUUUGUAAAAUUAAAUUUUCAGUAAAAAAGCUGUGGAAGUUG